AUGUUUACUGGACUUGUCGAGACAAUCGGGACUGUCACGGCCUUGGAGCCCCUCGAUAUCUCGUCGAGCGGGGGCGGGGGUACAUCCCUCACCAUCUCGGACUGCGCUGAGAUCCUCACAGAUGCGCAUUUGGGCGAUAGUAUAAGUGUCAAUGGAACCUGCCUCACGGUGACCGCAUUCGACAAGACCUGGUUCAAGGUCGGUGUCGCGCCAGAGUCGCUGCGACGUACGAACCUGGGAUCGCUGAAGAAUGGGUCGACUGUGAAUCUCGAGCGUGCAGUCUCAAGCGAUACUCGGAUGGGUGGGCACUUCGUUCAGGGCCAUGUCGAUACCGUUGCAGAGAUUCUGUCCGUCACACCCGAUGGCAACUCGUUGGUGUUCAGGUUGCAACCGCGUGAAAAGGAUGUGCUGCGCUAUAUUGUCGAGAAGGGAUAUGUGACACUGGAUGGAGCUAGCUUGACUGUUACAAAGGUCGUUGAUGGCGAAGACGGAUACUGGGAGGUUAUGCUCAUUGCUUAUACUCAGGAGAAGGUUGUUACGGCUGGCAAAAAGCCCGGGGAGUUUGUUAAUGUCGAGAUUGACAUUGUUGGCAAGUAUGUCGAGAAGAGCGUUCAAGGCUACUUUGCUGGUACCGCCGGGGGAGACUUUGCUGUCCUCGAGAAGAUGGUAGCCCGCAUUGUUGAAGAAAAGCUGAAGAAAUAA